UGGAGGAGGUCGGCGUUGUAGCCAUGUUCCUGUUCCCUGCAGAGUGCUGCUGGUUUUCCACCCCAGUUAACAGCUGAUCACAUGCACCUGGUGUAAUGCAACAAAGAGGCAGCAGGGUGAAGCCUCGGGGUGUCACAUGACGCAGAGCUGCAGGGCCUCAGUGUUCAGUGAGAGUUUGGGUGUUUUUUUGUGUAAAGUGUCAGAAGACAGAAGGCCUGAAUUUAAGAGUCAACAACGACUCUCUGCCCCCUUUUUUUUGCUUUCCAGACCAUCUCACACACACACACACACACGCAGGACAUGCAGAGAAGCAGCAGGAUGCGAUCUGGCUGGAUUAAAGGGUCGCUCCUGGCCUUCGUCGUGGCUGCUGGCCUGUUCUACCUCGGCUCCAUUAAGCGGGAGGUCCGCGCGCAUUCCGAUAGGCUCCGGGGGGCACGAAACAAUGACUCCAUCCGGCAGGAGGGGAUGCUCGUGAGGAUGGGCGAGAUGGAAGACCACAUCGACAGGCUGCGUGAGUGUCUGAAGACUCUAAAAGUCGCCCUGAUGGAUGAAAUGGAAAAAAAGGAACUGGAGAAACAGGAGAACGCCGCGGUGAAGAAGAACGAGAAGGAGGAGGAGGAGAAAGUGGUGAGGAAGCUGUACCCCAACUCGUACCUGUUCGCCAAGUGGGGCGCCGGGCUGUCCGAGGAGGAGCAGAAGGAGGCCGAGGCGUCGUUUCAGAGUUACGGCUACAACGCCUUCCUCAGCGACCGGCUGCCCCUCGACAGGGAGAUCCCCGACACCAGGCCCCCCAGGUGUGCGGAGAAGAAGUACCCCGAAGACCUGCCUUCCCUCAGCGUCAUUUUAAUCUACCUGGACGAGGCCCUUUCCGUCAUCAAACGGGCCGUCCGCAGCGUCAUCGACAGGACGCCGGCCCGGCUGCUGAAAGAAAUCAUACUGGUGGACGACCACAGCAGUGAUGAGGAUCUGAAGGAGAAACUGGACGAGUACGUGUACUCCGUCCACGAGGAGCGCCCGGGCCUGGUGAAGAGGGUGCGGCACUCCGAGCGGCUGGGCCUCACCCGGGCCAGACUGUCGGGGUGGAAGGCCGCCGCGGGGGACGUGGUGGCCAUCUUGGACGCUCACGUCGAAGUCCACGUGCAAUGGGCGGAGCCGCUGUUGGCUCGGAUUAAAGAGGACCGCACCGUGAUGGUGACGCCGGUGUUCGACAAAGUCAAUUACGACGACUUGGCGCUGGUUCCCUACGUGCCUGCGGCGGACGCCUUCGACUGGGCCAUGUGGUGCAUGUACGAGUCCUUCAGACCCGAGUGGUACGCCCUGAAGGACCAGUCCCUCCCCGGGAAAAGCCCCUCCGUCAUGGGGAUCGUCGUAGCCGAUCGGAAGUUUUUUGGCGAGAUCGGAAGCCUCGACGGUGGAAUGAAAAUAUACGGCGGCGAGAAUGUGGAGCUCGGCAUCCGGGUGUGGCUGUGCGGGGGCAGCAUAGAGGUGAUCCCUUGCUCUAAAAUCGCCCACAUCGAGCGCGCCUCGAAGCCCUACCUGCGAGACCUGAGCGAGAUGGUGAAGCGUAACGCACUGAGGGUGGCCGAGGUUUGGCUGGACGAAUACAAGCACAACGUCAACAUUGCCUGGAACAUUCCCUUCGAGGACCAUGGGAUAGACAUCGGGGACGUGUCUGAGAGGAAGGCGCUGAGGGAGAGGCUGAAUUGUAAGCCCUUUAAGUGGUAUCUGGAUCAUGUUUACCCCCUGCUGGACCCUCUGAAGGACCUGCUGGCUUACGGAGUGCUGAUCAACAGUCUGAAGCCGGGACUCUGCAUUGACCAAGGCCCAAUGCCUGGAAACACCCCCAUUACAUAUCGGUGCCACCCGUACCCCUCUCAGCACUGUCGUUAUCGCACCGACGGACAACUGCACGUCGGUGGACUCAAAUCUCACAAGUACAACAGCAACCGCUGUCUGGUGGACCCCGGCGUGGCGGGGGGGGCGCGCCCGGGACUCUACGAGUGCAGGGUCGCCCAGCAGAAGAAAUUCCACAUGCUUUGGGAUUUCCAACAGGACGGACCGAUCCGGAACAGAGAAACAAAGCGAUGCCUGGAAAUUGUGACGGCCGAUCGCGGCGGCUCUUACGCACUGGUUGUUCAGCGGUGCACUGGUCAGAGCUGGAACAUACAGUAUCUCAUCAAAGGGCAAUGACACGGGACAACGUUCACAGGCAUCAAAAUGUGGCAUUAAAUUAUAUUACUACAAUUGAGUUA